UCGAAGGGGAACAUUGGUUAGCUGAGCGCGACGACAUGACUGAAGAGGUCCCGGCUGCGCCCGUCGCCGCCUUGCCGGCGGUGAAGGCCCCCGCCAAGAAAGCCAAGAAGGCGGCCCCCAAGCCCCGCAAGGCCUCCGGGCCCAGCGUGACGGAGCUGCUGACCCAGGCGGUGUCGGCCUCCAAGGAGCGCAGCGGGGUCUCCUUGGCCGCCCUCAAGAAGUCUCUGGCCGCUUCUGGCUACGACGUGGAGAAGAACAACAGCCGCAUCAAGCUGGGCCUCAAGAGCCUGGUGACCAAAGGGACGCUGCUGCAGACCAAAGGCACGGGCGCCUCGGGAUCCUUCAAGAUCAACAAGAAGCAGGCCGACACCAAGGACAAGGCGGCGGCGGCCACGGGGGCCAAGAAGAGGCAGCCCGCCGCGGCGAAGGCCAAGAAGCCCGUCGCCAAGAGGCCCGCCGCCAAGAAAGUGAAGAAGGCGGUGGGGGCCAAGAGAAGCGUGAAGAAGGUGGCCAAGAAGCCCGCCGCGGCUGCCGGAGGGGCCAAGAAGGCGGCCAAGAGCCCCAAGAAGCCUAAAGCAGCUGCCGCGAAAGCCAAGAAAGCGGCCAAGAGCCCCGCCAAGGCGAAAGCGGCCAAGCCCAAACCGAAGCCCAAGACUCCCAAGGCCAAAGUAGCCAAGGCCAAGAAGGCGGCGCCCAAGAAGAAGUGAAGAAAAAGCUCUUAGGCGGGACACGUUCCUUUAAACCCCAAAGGCUCUUUUAAGAGCCACCCACAAGUUCCGGAAAAGUGCUGAACUCCCACAAAUUUAGGGAAAUGUUAUGAAGGAAGGAG